AUGAAGCACUGCUCUCAGACUUUCCCGACGACGGCGACCGGAUCGAUUGUUGGCAUGGAUGUUGGUGGAACUCUGGAAAUCACAAACAGCUUCCCGUUCCCCGUCGUCGAGGUGCCUCCCGAGUCGCACUUUGACAAUGCUACUGCCAACCCUGCUGCCGCCGCUCCUCGCGCUAAGGCCAAUACCGUCUACCAGGCGGAGAUGAUCCGUAUGCUUCGAGAGGUCAACGUGGACGCCAACAACGUUGGUUGGUAUACGAGCGCCAACAUGGGCAACUUCGUCAACAUGAACAUGAUCGAGAACCAGUUCUUUUACCAGAAGGAAAUGAACGAGCGGACAGUAGCUCUCGUGCACGACGUCAGCCGCAGCUCUCAGGGAAGCCUGAGCCUCAGAGCGUUCCGCCUGUCUCCUAAAUUCAUGGCGGCUUUCAAGGAGAACAAGUUUACCUCGGAGGAGUUGCAAAAGUCCGGCCUGAGAUACCAGGAUAUCUUUGUUGAACUUCCCGUAGAGAUCCACAACUCUCACCUGAUCACCUCUUUCAUCCACCAGCUUCAGACUCCCAACAUUCCGGCUCCUACGGAUCUUCCCCCAUCGCUGGCCGCCCUGGAAUCCGGACCCUUCGUCAAGUCCAUCGACCCCUUCCUGGAGAAGAACUGCGACCUGCUUCUGGACAGCAUGGAGACUCACCACACUGAGACCAACAACUUCCAGUACUACCAGCGCUCGCUCGCGCGCGAGCAGCAGAAAAUCAGCACUUGGCAGCAGAAGCGCAAGCAGGAGAACGCCACUCGCGCGGCGCUCAAGCAGCCUCUUCUGCCCGAGGACGAGUGGCAGCGCCUGUUUAAGCUGCCCCAGGAGCCUAGCCGCCUCGAGAGCAUGCUGAACAGCCGGCAGGUGGAACAGUACGCGCGCCAGAUUGACAGCUUUGUUUCGUCCACGACUGGAAAGAUGUUUGCUGUGAAGGGCAACCUGUUGCCCGGUGAGACCGCCAAAUAA